UGCCAGCGCGGCCUUGCCGGCCGUAGUUUGUGCCAGAAUGGCGGAGAAAAGUAGGCGUCUAGAAGCAGAGGAGAGCGACGGCAGUGAGGAGGAAGAGGAGGCAGUGAAGGCCCCGGUGCGGACCGCAAGUGUAACGCAUUCCGGUAAACGGAAGGAGAUUGACCCGGAGGAGCGAGACUCGCUGCGGCCUCCUGGAGUUACAGGCUCCUGGCCUCAGCCCAGCCUCAUCCCGGCCUCUCCCAAAACUGUCUCUGCCAACAAUCCCUCUGCUCUCAGCUCCCCGGUCUCAAACAGAACUGACACAGCCUCCCCCCAGGGCCCCGUGGCUCCUGUCCUCCCCACCACCUCUGGGGUCAACCUCUUUGCUAACGAUGGCAGCUUUCUGGAGCUCUUCAAGAAGAGGAUGGAGCAAGCGGCUACCGGGAGUAGCGAGGAGAGCCAGCCCGCGGGCGACAAAAAGCCGGAGGCUGAGAAGAGGAAGCCGAUCGGCUUUGUGGGCAAGCGUAGAGGAGGGGCGAAGCUGGCCCUGAAGACAGGCAUGGUAGCCAAGAAGCCAAAGACUGAGGAGGAGGAGGAGGUUUUGUCAAACAAAGGCGGCGCAUGGGCGCAGUAUAUGGCAGAAGUGAAAAAAUACAAAGCCCACCAGUGCAGCGACGACGAUAAAACGCGGCCGCUGGUCAAAUAGCCCAGACACAGACUGUGUAUCUCCUCUCGGGUACCACGCGCCAGCCGCGGGGACCUUCCCGUACGCGCAGGCACAUCUCGUCCCAUCCGUAACCUUGGAUUAUGCAUCGCCGAACCCCGCUGCGGACUCAGGGAGAAAAGACUUCCUGAACACACGCUGCGUUCGGGGGGCUGCGUGUCUCCCGCCCUGACACGAGGACUGUCCUGCUGUACAUACGCGCGCCAUUUAGCCGAGGUGCCCCUCAGCUGUGGGAUUUGGGGGCUAUGAAUAUUCAUUUCUUUUUUUUUACGUUUCUUUUCUAUCGUCUGUCCGCGCGUGGCAUGGAUUCUGCUGCAACUUUGUUCUGUGAAAGUGUUUUGUGUUCAGAUAUUUUGGUUCUCCAUCUAGAAGAUUAAUAAUUAAAGUAUCUUGGCACUCA